CAGGCAAACGGUUUGGAGAACACCUUCCCAGAAGCCUUAGUCAAACACCAUGAUAAAGAUUUUACUUCUUUUUGUUGUGACUGGGGCAGUCACUGCUGUGCCAUAUGGAAUUCCAUACCCCCAGGGUAUCAACGCACCAUCUUAUGAAUACCCCCCUCCUCCUCCUCCUCCUCCACCUGCUCCCAAGGAGACACCCCAGCCGUUUGAGUACAGCUUCGAAAUCAAAGACGAAGCCGGUAAUACCAUUACCCGACAGGAAUCCGGAGACGGAAGUGGUGCAGUCACCGGAAGUUUCAGCUACAUCGACGAAAACGGCAUCUUCCGCCGAGUGAACUACGUGGCUGACGUUGACGGUUUCCAACCUCAGAUUGAGACCAACGAGCCUGGUACAGCCAAUGCCAACCCCGCUAGUGUACAAAUGACAGUCCAAGAGCCACCAGUAAUUCCAGAAGCUAAACCUUCACCACCGAAGUAUCCCCCUCCUCCUCCUCGUCCCCCGAAGCAUGUCCAACAAUACAGAUAUAUCAAGGUCCCGAUCUAUGGCUACCCUCAGUAAAUAGUUUUUUUUCUACAUUACUCAAGUUGCUUCUUAAAUAUUUAUUGAAGCCUGGAAGCACGUUUUAGAGCCUUAGAAUUCGUUAAUGUUCUUUCUUAGACUAUACAUGACCGAUAACUAACUUUUGUGUCUGGCCAACUGACCUCUCUACGUUAUUCUUGACAUUGUAAAUAUAUCUACUGUAUCUACUUAAAAAAUAAAAUAUUUUGCAAUUUAUCAUAUGUAUUAUAAACUAAAGUAUAUCUGAUGCCAACUGAACAAUAUAUGUUUGAAGAAAGGGAUUAUAACAGACUAUACACGGUAUUCGAAAUUAAGGUUAAGUAUGAUUCUUGCAUAAGGAGAGAAAUACACAGUUGAACUUUAUUUUUGAACAGUAGACUUCAGUAGUAUAAACAAUAUACUCAACAGUAUUGUCAGAGUAAAAUAUAUAUAUACAUGCACAUAAUCGCGGCCCUACUUUUAAUUUUUUCCAUUUUUUUACUUUUAAACACUUUUCUUGGAGUACAAAGACACUAGCCUCCUCCUCACCAUCCGAACAUUUUCUCUGGUUAUAAGUUUAAUUUCGAAGUAGUUUUAUCGAUGUAAUCCAACAUCUGUCUAUAAGAAACAAUCAGGAAUAGUUAUUUAGAAAUGUAACAUCCGACAGCCAGGGUUGUGGGUGUUAUCGAUCUAUAUAGAGGCUUCUACCAUAACAGACUAAAUAUAUCUUGAAAUUCAGUAAAUUAUAUUUUGAAUAAUAUUAUCUAAUAUUUGCUCUACGAUAAACAGUAACAAUUCCUUCAGCACCAUGCUAAGAAAUUACACACAAAAACUCUCACCAAUAUAUGUGUAUAUGUAUGUUUGUGUGUGUGUAUUACUGUACGUAAGUCUAAUUUGCAUUCGUUUUCGAGUCGAUUGUUUAAUUGAUUGUCGAAAAGAUUGAAUACAAUGGAAAUAUUUUGUCUAUAUAUAUAUAUAUAUAUAUGAAUCUCACUAAGUACAAGUAAACUUCAAUGACCUCUGAUGGAACCGAUGACUCAAGCUUUUUUUCCAGAAUUAUUUUUAGAAUUUUAAACAUUCUCUUAAAAAAACUAUAAAACUAAAAAUCUGAAACUAGUAAAAAACCGUAAACUUAACUUUAGAAUUGAAUUUCACUUAUAAACACCAUUUAUAUAAUAAGAAAUAUAAAUAUCUCACAUGUAAAUCUGUUUGUUUGAAGUUAAG